CGACUGUAGCCUGUCGCAGCAACAUGGCGUCCAUCGCUACGGAACGCAUUGGAUGAGAUCAGAUCACGGUGAUCCGAUUUUUUCGCUCGUUCACACUUCCGUGGAGGAAUCGGGCAACGCAUUUCGCGAUCUCGCGUACGCGCGACUCGAAGACUAGCGUCUCUACGACUCGCCGUGUAUACGCCGUGUAUAUACGAGCUCGCCUCGCCAUUCGCUACUCGCCGUCGGCGUUGCGUCGAAAGUUGCGUGUGCGUGCGUGUGUCUCGCGCGUUGUGUGUUGAGUGUUGUAUUGUUCCGCGUGCGUGCUUGUGUUGCGUGCUCCUCACCGCUCCACCGGAGGCGGCGGAGGCGCAGCUAUCAUCCCGUCUCGCCUCGGCCCUCGCCUCGCCUCGCCUCGCCUCGCCUCGCCCCGCCUCGCCUCGCCGCUGCCAUCGUUCGAAUCGUCCGUCGUCGCGCGACGUGCAAAACAAACGUGUGCACUGAGCAACACGGGUGACGACGAUCGAACGGGAGAGAACUGUGGACAAGCGGAGUAACCGAGAGUGUGGAAGAGCAAGAAACGAACGCGGCGGAAUUCAGUGCUGGUAAUCGAUAUGACACUCGUGUGAUACGCCGCGCGAUCAUGGGUCGUCGUUCUGCCCGGGGAUCAUCGUCAUCGUCAUCGUUAGUAAACACGACGGGUCGCAACGAGACGACUCCGUCGAGAAUGGAGCAGUGAACAGCAGUGGAGAGCGGCGCGCGCGCUCCAGCAACGUACACAUAUCAUCGGUACUCGCGGUCGGAGGACUUCUUGCCUCGGGGGAAAGAAAAGAGAGGUAGGCAAGGUGGAAGAAUUGCCUCUAAACUGCGGUGUGAUUCUCAGAGGAGGCGGAGAGGAACAGUCGUUAGUCGCAGCUCGUCGCCGAAAAUUGCAGCAAAGUCACUUUCGAAUGCGGAGAGUGCCACAAUGGUGAUACGAUCAUAAUUACCAAUUCGCAGCUUGCCGCGUGCAAAUGCAAUUGCUCAGAUUUGUCUGCUACCGCGUGUGAAGAUCCUUAAGACUGCCCGUCCUUACCAAGUACCCUUUCAAGUACUAUGUGGAAGUUAGUAGUCUGUAAAUCCCACUGAAAGGAGGAUGCCAGUAACUAAACGCAUUCCAUACCCUUCGCGAUCCGACGGCGGUAGUAGCGAGAGCCCGUUGCUCGUGGAAGAAGGUGAGACAGUCGGUGCACCUCACAGUCCACGCAAUAUACACAGUCACAGCCAUUCACAUGGCAAUCCACACCGAUCUCACAGUUAUCAUCAUGAAAAGCCUAAACAAUUAGUGAAAUACGGUGAACUAGUUAUACUUGGAUACAAUGGUUACCUUCCACCUGGUGAUAGGGGAAGAAGAAGAAGUAAAUUCGUAUUAUACAAACGACCCGUGCCAAAUGGUGUUAAGCGUAGCAAGCACUACAUCGUUAAAACGCCCCACAGUUCGCAGGCCAUCCUCAACACGAAGCAGCACUCAAUUUCGUAUACACUUUCCAGAACACAGGCUGUUAUUGUCGAAUAUACGGAAGAUGAAAAAACGGACAUGUUUCAAAUUGGUCGUUCGUCCGAGUCGCCUAUCGAUUUCGUAGUGAUGGACACAUGUGCGGGCAGUGGCGAUGGUGGGCCUACUAACGAAGGACGUGUCGCUCAAAGCACCAUCAGCAGGUUCGCUUGUCGGAUUCUGGCGGAUCGAUCAGAUCCCAGAAUCGCCAGGAUCUAUGCCGCGGGCUUCGACAGUUCGAGGAACAUUUUUUUAGGGGAAAAGGCAACUAAAUGGCAAGAGAAUCGUGAGAUUGACGGACUUACGACGAACGGGGUCCUAAUAAUGCAUCCGCGAGGUCAGUUCUGCGGUGGCGAGGCACAAUGUGGUUUCUGGCGGGAGGUCAGUGUGGGCGGCGGAGUUUUCUCGCUCAGAGAAAGUAGGAGUGCUCAACAGAAGGGCAGCGUCGUGGAGGAUGAGAGCAAUAUUUUGCAAGAUGGGACUCUCAUCGAUCUCUGCGGCGCUACUUUGCUCUGGCGGUCGGCUGAAGGCCUCGCAAAAUCUCCGACGAAACAGGAUUUAGAAGAAUUAGUAGACGCUAUAAACGCCGGUAGGCCACAGUGUCCUGUGGGCUUAAACACACUGGUCAUACCGCGUAAAGCAGCUUCAGAUUCGACGCAGCAGCAGCCAUACGUUUACCUUAAAUGCGGUCAUGUACAAGGGCAUCAUGAUUGGGGCCAGGAGAAAGAUAAGGUUACGAGAAGAUGUCCCAUGUGCCUUGUCGCAGGGGCGGUAGUCAAAUUGUCUAUGGGAAUAGAGCCUGCCUUUUACGUAGACUGCGGACCGCCCACUUACGCAUUUAGUCCCUGUGGGCAUAUGGCUACAGAGAAAACUGUCAAAUAUUGGGAGAAAGUAGCCAUUCCACACGGCACAAACGGCUAUAUCGCGAUCUGUCCCUUCUGCGCGGUACCGCUCGAGGGAACGCCAGGAUAUGUAAAACUAAUUUUUCAGGAUAAUGUAGAUUGAAGAUAUAAAAUAAUGAAGGAAACAUGUAGAAAUUAAUAACUUCUUAAGAAAUAUAAGCAUUAUUAAACUCAAUCGAGA